AAUUACUUCACUUGAAGAACGGAAAUACUACUGAACAUUAUCAUCACUAAACAACAACAAAAAUUAUGACAUCAUCAACGCAAGAAUUAAAUUUAACUGGAGAUGAAGAUUUAUUUAUUGCACAACAAAAUUAUGAAGCUAAGAGUUCGGAUGAAAUUAAUUUAAAAAAAGGGGAUAUUGUUGAAAUUAUUGAUACGAUCGAUUCAAAUGCACCUAAGAAACCAAAAUUAGAUCCAGAAUUGGAUGAAGUUGCUGGAAAUGGUACAUUAGAUUCAUCGGCAGCACGUCAUAAAUUAUCAGUAAAACCAAAACGAAAAUAUCGUGAUACACGACAAACGAAUAUAAAUAUUAAUACAAGAUGGAAAGUUCGAGUUGUAUCGGAGACAGAAACACCACAAGAAGGUUGGGUACCAACAUUAAUAUUACGACCAGCAGAUGAACCUGGAUCAUCAGCUGGUGAUCCACUACCUGCGCCUCCGGAUACACCUUACAGGAGAGAUGCUGUAAUUCGAGAGCUAAUCGAUACCGAAGAAGAAUUUUGUUCUGAUCUACAUAAUGUUUUAGAAAAAUAUUACUUCCCAUUAGCAUCUGAUGCCAAAUUAGGAAAUAAAAGACCACCGAAAUGUGUUCGAGAUAAUCAUGAAUUAAUUUUUGGAAAUUUAAAACAGAUUUCAGAAUUCCAUAAUACAGUUUUAAUGGAAGGUGUAAAGUAUUAUGCAUCGGAACCGGUUAUGAUUGGACGAGUAUUUUUAAGAUUGGAACGAGAUUUUGAUAAGCAUGUUAGUUAUUGUCGGGAUGAACCUUUGGCUCAACAUUUCUUACAAAAUAAUUUAGAAGCGAAAGAUUAUUUUAUGGAAGUCUCUCAACGUUUGGGUGAUGAUAAAACAUUAUCUGAACACCUGAAAUUACCGAUACAACGUAUUAACGACUACCAACUUCUUCUCAAGGAAUUGGUAAAGUAUACACUGUGGCUACAAGAGGACGCCAGUUAUUUACAACGUGCAUUGGAAUUGAUGCUAAGUGUCCCACAUCGUGCCACAGACGAUAAAUUUACAAGUAGCAUAGAAGGAUAUCGUGGCAGUAUUUAUAAAUUAGGACGAUUAUUAGCACACGAUUGGUAUUCAAUAACCAAAUCACCAACUGCAACUACACCAGUAGCAGUAAAAAAAGAACGUUACUUAUUUUUAUUUAAAGCUAGGAUACUUGUUUGUAAAGUAAAACGUAUCUCUGAAGAUAGAUCAGUAUUUCAACUUAAAGAUAUUAUUAAACUGCCAGAUGUAGAAGUACGUGAUUUUCCAAACGAUUCGCGUACUUUUGAACUGCACCAGGUCAAUAUUCCUGGCUAUCCUCUCACAUUAACUGCACAUAGAGAUCUCGUCAAACUCUACUGGCUCGAUGAAAUUCGUCAAUACUCCAGUGAUAUAGUUGCAUUAGAAGAACACGCAGCAGACGAUUUACAAGUAGAAAAAGUUGAAGAAACUGUAGAACAAGUUGAAGAAACAGUUACAAAAGUUGAAGAAACAACAGUAAUUGCAAAAGAACAAUUACAAGUCACAAAACAAACUACAACUACAACAUCAACUGAAAGUUUUAAGACUGCUGAAGCGGACGUAACUCUUACUGAAGCAUUAGAUACCUCAUUACAAGAUACUGUACUAUCACAGGCAAAAACUGUUAUUGUUGAAGCAAAACGUGCUAUUGUUAUACCUGUAGCUGAACCUUUACAAGCUGAAGUCAAAACUGAAAGUAGCAGUGUUGUAAAAGAAGCAAAAACUGAAGUUAAAAGUGAAAUUAAAAGUGAAAUAAAAGAAACAAAAACUGAACUAGCUUCUAAUAAAACAACUGAAGUGAAAGCUGAGACUUUAAAAUCUGAAGUUAAAACUGAAAACAGUAGUGAAGUAAAAGCUGAAAUUAAAAGUGAAGUAAAAGAAACAAAAACAGAAGCUUCUAAUAAAACUUCUGAAGUGAAAGCUGAGUCUUUACAAGCUGAAGUAAAAACUGAAACAAGCAGUGAAACAAAGGCAAGAACUGAAGUUAAAACAGAGAGUAAAAGUGAAGUAAAAGAAUCAAAAACUGAAGUAGCUUCUAAUAAAACUAUUGAAGUGAAAGUUUUGAGUACAGAAACAAAAGAAAUAUUUAUUGAUAAACCAAAAAAACCUGAAAUUCAAUCCAGUGCUACAUCGAACUUAGAACAAAAUCUCGAAAAAGUUGAACAAAACCCUGCAAAACCAGUGGAAUCAAAACAAUCUCCAGGUGAAGUUCAACAAAGUUCUUCAAACCCUGAAUCUAAUCCAAAACAAACAGAAGUUGUACAACAAAACCCUACGAAACCAGCGGAUAAUCCAAAACCAGAGAAUAAUCCAAAACCAGCAGAUAAUCCAAAACCAGCGGAUAAUCCAAAACCUGCAGAUAAUCCAAAGCCAGUAGAUAAUCCGAAGCCAGCAGAUAAUCCGAAGCUAGCAGAUAAUCCAAAACCAGCGGAUAAUCUAAAGCCAGCAGAUAAUCCAAAACCAGCAGAUAAUCCAAAGCCUGCGGAAAAUCCAAAACCAGUAAAUAAUCCAAAACCAGUGGAUAAUCCAAAACCAGCAGAUAAUCCAAAACCUGCAGAUAAUCCAAAGCCAGCAGAUAAUCCAAAGCCAGCAGAUAAUCCGAAGCCGGUAGAUAAUCCGAAGCCAGCAGAUAAUCCAAAACCAGUAGAUAAUCCAAAACCAGUAGAUAAUCCAAAACCAGCGGAUAAUCCAAAACCAUCACAGUCUGAUAAAACAGAAACUAGUGAAGCUAAUCAUCAACUUGACUCUGGCGAAGAAUCAGCAGAAAUGUCGGGACGUUUUGGAAGUUUUAAAAGCUCUUCAACAAGAUCAGAAUAUCAUGAAGAAGUAUCUGCAACAUAUUCAUCAUCAACAACAAAUGGUCGUGCACAAAUAAGUGAAGUACAUCAAAGUGCUGCAAUCAGCUCAAGUAGUGAAAUUCUUCAAGAUGGUAAACUUAUAUCAGCUGAAAAAUCUGGCUACGCUGUUCAAGGAAGUGAAUUGCGGGAGGGUGGUAUUGUAAUUUCAUCCGAUCAAAGUGUGACAAUUGAAAGUGGAUCUGGUUUGAGACCACAAUUAACAUCUGGUGCGGCAUCAUCUGUUGAAAUAAGUGAAAUUAUUUCGGAGACACAAGCAUCUAAAACACAAGCAAGUAGUGUUGAAGCCGCGUCAGUUAAAACUGAGUCGAAAACAGUUACAUCAGAAUCGUCGUCUACAGAGGUGAAAGGAAAACCAACAUUUACUCAGACAAUUCAAGGAUGUAGCGUUGAACCGGGCGAUAAUGCUGAAUUUAAUUGUAAACUUGGCGGUGGUCGUACUGAUAGUCUAACAUGGUUGAAAGAAAAUAAACCGCUUGAUGAUAAAUUAGCUGAUCGAAUUGUAGCAUCAGCUUCAGAAGCUGGUGAUGCUUUUUCUUUGAAAAUUUUGCACUGUAAAGAAUCAGAUAGUGGUACAUAUACUGCACUUGCACUUAAUACCGAAGGGAAAGUUACAUGUACUGCACAGCUUGUAGUCGAGCAAUUAACAGCAGAACAACGCCGCGAACGAGCUGAAGCUAACGCUCCAGUAUUUUUGGUACAGCUAAAAGAUUCCGAACUUUUGGAAGAUACACAUUUGCGUUGUAUGAUAAAAGUUAAAGGCGAUCCAAACCCAGAUUUGACUUUCUACAAAGAUGAUAAAGAAAUUACUGAUAGCCAUAAAACUGUUAAAAUCAAUCGUGCUCAUGCCGAAAAUGGAUAUUAUGAAAUGAUUAUUGAAAAAGUUAAGUAUGAAGAUGCGGGAUUGUACCGUUGUGUUGCUAAAAAUAAAUUUGGCGAAGCCACAUCUCAAUCUCAAGUUCGUGUCACAGAUCAUAAGAACAUAUUUGGCGAACUUGAAAAACAAGGAUUAUUAGAGCCAGGUUCUAUACCCAAAUUUAUGUGGCAAAGAAAUGGAGUAUAUUUUGAACCUGAUGAAAGAUUUAAAGUUCUUAUGGGUGAAGAUGAAGAUUCAUUGGCACUUGUUUUCCAACAUGUCAAACCAGAAGAUGCUGGUUUAUACACUUGUGUAGCACAAACCUCUAGUGGUUUGGUUAGCUGCAGUGCCGAACUGACCGUCCAAGGGGCCAUAAACCAAUUACCUAAAACACCAGAAGCACCAAAAAUUAUUAUUGAACAAAAAACAUUUGAAGCAGCUGCAGGUGGUUCAGCUAUGAUGGAUUUACAAGUAACUGGUUAUCCAAGACCAUUAGUUACUUGGACCUGUGAUGGUAAACCAAUUGAAGCUGGUGGAAAAUACAAAUUUUUAUAUGAAGAUACUCAAAGCAUCUCUUUGGUUAUUAAAAACGUUACAACAGCUGAAGCUGGAAAGUACGAAGUUAAAGCCAAAAACGAUUUAGGCACUGAUAUAGGAGAAUUGGAAUUAAAAAUUAAAGCUCCACCUAAAUUCAAGUCGAAAAUUGAAGAUAAUUCUUGUUUGGCCGACGAAACUUUACGAAUAAAGAUGGAAAUUGAUGGUUCACCAAGGCCAAGUUUAAAAAUUUACAAAGAUGGUCAAGAAGUCCAACAAUCCGACCGUAUUGAAAUUGAAAGAGAAGGAAUGACUUAUACUUUAGUUAUAAAAGAUGCAAAAUUAUCUGAUAGUGGAUCUUAUUCUAUUGUUGCAAUAAAUGAAUUAGCACAAGCUUCAGAAUUUUGGAAAACGAAAGUUUAUUCCAAACCAAAAAUAAUUAAAAGACUUGGUGAAAAUAUUGUACGCAGUGAAACUGAUUAUGCAGUGUUUGAAAUUAAAGUUGAAUCUGAUCCUGCUCCCACCAUUACUUGGUACAAAAAUGAUAAGGAAAUUACAUCAGAUACAUCAACCUUAAUUCGUACUUCUGAUGGUCAAGGGACGUAUGGGUUGAAAAUUACUGGCGCAGUUUCUACAGAUUCUGGUAGAUACAAAUGUGUUUUGAGAAACGAACAUGGCACAACUCAGGAUAGUGCAAGAUUGGAUGUUCGUGGUGCGCCAGUUGUUCGAGAACAGUUACGUAAUAUAACUGUUACUGAAGGUGAUGUGGACAUUGAACUUGUAGCUGCAGUUGAUGGUUUUCCUAAGCCAAACGGAAGAUGGUUUUUGGGAGAUGUUGAAAUCACCGAGAGUCAAAACGAAUUUGAAAAAUCUGUGGAUGAAGAUGGCAAUUACAAACUUAAAAUCAAGGAAGCCAAUAGUGAUUUACAUGGAAAAUAUACGCUGAAAUUAUCAAACGAAUUAGGAGCUACUGAAAAUAGUGCUGAUGUUACAGUUAACUGUAAACCAAAAUUAAGGAAGACAUUAGCUGAUACCGUAGUUGAUGAGGGUGCAACCUUAAACUUACAAAUAGAGGUGGUGGCAUGCCCAGAACCAGAAGUUAAAUGGUUCAAAAACGGUAACGAUGUAUCGGCUGAUGCACGUAUCAAAAUAACACGAGAUAAUCAACGAAAUGAAACGUACAAUUUAACUGUGGAUCUAGUGAAAUAUGAAGAUGGUGGAGAAUAUGAAGUUAUUGUACAAAACGUUUUGGGAUCAGUUAGUAGCAAGAGUACGGUCACUGUCCAUAAAAUAGUUGACACUGUAAAUAAUGGCCAUGAAGAAGAAGCAAUUACCUCUCGAAAAACUGACGAUAGUGUUAUUGCCUAUCCCGUAAUUGACAAUGAAGUUGGACCAGGAGAAAUCGCUGAAGUAUCGAAUACAAUAGAAAUCAUAAGAGAAUCGCAAAGUAUAGAUGCGGAACAACCAGAGGAUACAGUUUUGAAAAAAUCGAAGAAACCAAAAUUACUUGCUCACGCAACUACGGAUGAUAUAGAACCUAAUCGAAAACUUAAAGAGGAGGAAAUUGUACAAAAUGUUUUAACACCAGAAACUGAUGAAAUUAAACCAAACAUUACACGAAAAGUUUCGAAAUCUACUGUUGAAAAAAUUGAAGUAUCCGAACAAAAUACUGAUCAAGUAGAUUUAGGAACAAAACGACCAAAAACUGCUCGGUUACUAUCGAAAUCAAGUGUUGAAAAUGUUGAAAUUGCUGAAGAGAAAGUAAUAAUUGUUGAAAAAGCUGAAGAACCCCAAAACAGUAAACUAUUAUCCAAAUCGAAAGUCGAACUUAAAGAAAGUAUUGAAUCAAUUAAAGCUGAAGUAAAUGUCGACAAUGGUAUAACACUUAAAACAGAAUUUAAACGUUCUGAUUCUGAGAAAUCAGGUGUACAAAUAGUCGAAUUAGAUGAGCCAACAACACCUGUAAUUGAAAAUCAACCAUCUUCAACUAAACCGAAGGUUGAGGAUGAAGAUGACGAAGAAAUGAAAGAAUUAUUUAAUAAGAUUAAAAAACAACGUAGCGUACUUGAAGAGAUUAUAGGUGAUAAACCAAAAGGAGAAGCAAUUCCACAAAUUUUGGAUACAAAUCUUGAAGAUGGACAAGUCUUUGAAACACAAACACAAAAAUACUUUGUCAAAGCAUCUGGUGUACCCACACCAGAAGCAGAAUGGUUUUAUAAUGGUCAAAAGAUAAAGAGUACAAAAACAACAAAAAUAAGGCGAGAAGAGCUAACGUACACUCUAGAAAUGCCCAACAUGAAGAAAAGUAAACAUCAAGGGAAAUAUGAGUGUAAACUCACAAAUCGUAUGGGUGAAAUUGUACAAACUGGUAAUUUGCAUGUAAUCGAUGAAACUGAUUUAAGAAAGCCGAGAGUUCGACAAGGAUUAUCAAGUGAAAAAGCACCAAAACAUGAAGGCGCUACAUUGACUGCUGUUAUCACUGGAGAUCCAGAACCUUUUCCUACUUGGUAUUAUAAAAAUACCGAAUUAACAAAAACUGAAGUUAUUAGCUUUUUAACUGACGUCAAAGAAGUAGAGGAUGGUUUAGUAGAAUGCACAUUUUCUAUAAACAUCGCCGACUGUGAACAUGAACAUACUGGAGAAUAUACUGUCAAAGCAAACAACAAGCAUGGAGAAUGUGAAACCACUGGUCGAUUGGAUGUAUUAUUGAAACCAGAAUUGUAUGACUUGUACGAUGUUGGUGCUGUCCCAGGGGAACCCGCAACACUUUCUGUAACAAUUCAUUCUAAUCCAGAACCAGUCGUAACAUGGUUUAAGGAGGAUGAUGUAGAAAUCACUGCUAGUGAAUCAUAUCGUAUGGAAAAAUCGGAAGACAAAGAACAAUACAAAUUGAUUGUCGAGAAUGUUACUUUAGCGGAUGAAGGAAAAUAUGUAAUAAAUGCCUCAAAUGAAUUCGGAGAAACCUCUGGUUCUUUACGACUAAAUACACAAACACUAACGCCGUCAUUUAUAACAAAAUUAACCGACCAAAUUAUUGAAGACACUGCAACUGCAACUUUACAUGUCCGUUGUGAUGGAUUACCCAAACCACAAAUGACAUGGUUGAAAGAUGAUAAACCAAUUGAAAGUGAUGAACAUACAACGAUUGAAACUAAAAAAGAAGGUCAAGUAACCAGUGAUUUAAUUAUCACAAAUUUCAGAAAUGAAGAUUCGGCACGGUAUUCCUGUGUGGCUAAAAAUCUGGUUGGUAGCGCUGAAACAAAUUGUCGCGUGGGAUUGGCACAAACAACACCAUCAUUUGGAAAAAAAUUAGACAAAGGUCUCGAAGUUUUCGAAGGAAAACCAUUCGAAUUGAAAACAACAAUUUCUGGAAGUCCCAAGCCAACUGUUAAUUGGUACAAAGAUGGUGAACCAAUUCAAGAUAAUGAUCACAUUAAAACAGAAGUUUUACCCGAUGGAACACUCAUAUUAAGUGUGGAGAAGGCAACUCCAAAUGAUAGUGGAGCUUACAAAGUUGUUGUUACUAAUCCAAAUGGACAAGCUGCGUCAAUGUGUGCUGUUGUCGUAAAUCCUGAACCAUUGGCUCCGGAAUUCGAAAAAGAACUAGAAAAUGUGUCUGUAAAUGCAAGUCAACCAUUAAAACUAGAAGCUAAAGUCAAAGCUUACCCACCACCAAAAAUAGAAUGGACUAAAGACGGAGUACCCAUUAAAACUUCACAAGGUUUCAACGUUAUUAAACAACCUGAUGGUACUGUAGGAUUAGAAAUAGAGAAAUCGAAACCUGACCACGCCGGCCUUUACACUUUGACUGCCUCCAAUAAGUUAGGAGAAGUUACAGGAGAAGCAAAUGUAGAAAUUCUUCCUGAAUCUACAAAACCGUCAUUCAGGGGUGACUUACUUCCUAUGAAAGUUGUGGAAGGUUUCCCUGCAAAAUUAGAAAUUAAAGUAUUAGGCCAUCCUAAACCAACAGUGAAAUGGACACGCAAUGGAUGUGAAAUAAUCCCUGAUGGAAAGCAUAAGAAAAUUAUUGAAUCUCCAGACGGUACAUGUGCUUUACUUAUCGAUAAAUGUACUGUACAUGAUUCUGGACCUUAUGAAAUUCAUCUUGAAAAUGAAAACGGUGAAACAUCAAAUAAAGCCGUUUUAACUGUUAUUCCUCGUAAAGAUCCGAACUCCCCUGAAGAAAGACCUAUUUUCUUGCAUGAUAUUCGUGAUGUUAUUACCGACGAGGGUACACCUUUAGUAAUUGAAGCUCCAUUCCGAGGUAAUCCAAUUCCAAGCGUAUCAUGGACUAAAGAUGGAAAUCCAAUUGAACCUGAUGCACGUACAUUGAUUACAUGUGACGGAGCAAGAGUUGGAUUAGCAAUAAAUGAAGCAGAACCAUCAGAUGCAGGACUUUACUCAUGUAAAUUGACUAAUCCUCUAGGUGAAGAUGUUAAGGAUGUUAAAGCAACUGUGCGCAAAGUUUAUCAACCACCAAACUUUGAACAAAAAUUCACAGAUAUUCAACAAUUACCAACAUUCGAUGCAAAGUUUCCAUGUCGUAUUUCUGCUGUGCCAUCUCCAGAAAUUACUUGGUACAAAGACAAUAAACCAAUUCAUGAAACUGAUAAAUACCAUAUUAAACGCGACGGUGAUGCCAGUUGUUUAUAUGUUCGAAACUGUGCUCCAGAAGACGCUGGUCUUUACAAAUGUACAGCUACGAAUAGGGAAGGAACUGCUUCAUGCGAAUCCUUACUACAAGUUGUAGAUAAAAUAGAUACUCGUCAAAAAGUUGAAGCACCAUCCUUCCUCAAGAAAAUUGGUGAUACUGAAUUAUAUAAAGGCAUGACCGCUAAGUUUACCGCUUGUGCGACAGGAUUCCCAGAACCAGAAGUUGAAUGGCAACGAGAAGGUGUUAAACUCUUCCCAUCAGAACGUAUUCGAAUGGAGAAAGACAGAUCUGGCUUACUAAGAUUAACAAUUGAAGGCAUUGAUACACCAGAUGUUGGAAAAUAUACUUGUCGUAUAUUCAAUGAGCAUGGAUGUGAAGAAUGUCACGCUAACUUAACAUUUGAUUCAAUUGAUAUUCGACCAAAACGUGCCGUUGGAGACCAAUAUUUAGAUUACGAUAAGCAUAAAAACACUGGAGUCCCAGUACCAUUAUCUGAUGCCCCAAUUAUAUCAAAGAUGCUGGAUCGUCACUUAACUUUGUCAUGGAAACCAUCACUACCAUCUGGUCCAAGAUUCCCAGUUACAUAUCAAGUAGAAAUGUUAGACUUACCACAUGGUGACUGGAGAACAAUAAGAACUGGAGUUCGAUCAUGUGUAUGUGGUAUUCCACAUUUGGAACCAUUUAAAGAUUAUAAAUUUAGAAUAAGAGUUGAAAAUCAAUUUGGUAUUAGUGACCCAUCUCCAUUUGCUGUUACAUACAGACAAAAAUUAGAACCAGAACCACCAAAAUUCACUCCUUAUUUACCACCAGGGUCACAAUUUUCAUUAGACCAUUCACAAUACUUCCCAAAAGACUUCGAUAUUGAAAGACCAUUACAUGGAAAUAUGAACCAAGCUCCAGUAUUUCUUAGGCAAGAAGAUGAUCGACAAUACGGUGUUAAAAAUCAUAAUGUUAAUCUAUUUUGGUUCGUUUAUGGAUAUCCAAAACCAAAGAUUAGUUAUACAUUCGAUGACGAGCCAAUUGAAAUGGGUGGCCGAUUUGAUUCCAGUUAUACUAGAAACGGCCAAGCUUCAUUGUUUAUCAAUAAAAUGUUGGAUAGAGAUGUUGGCGUAUAUGAGGCUAUUGCUAAAAACGAGCAUGGAGAAGCACGUCAAAGAGUUCGUUUAGAAAUCGCAGAACCACCACGCUUUUCCAGGCGAUUGGAUGAAGCCCAUGUUCUUUUGCGUAAAACUAUUCGACUUGAAGCUAAAGUUACAGGAGUUCCUUAUCCAGAACUCAAAUGGUACAAAGAUUGGCAACCCUUAGCAAGUUCGUCCAGAAUUAAGAUACAUUUCGUUGAACCAGACACGUGUUUCCUAACAAUAAACGAUAUUAUUGCACGUGAUGAAGGUUUAUAUUCAUUGAGUGCUCGAAAUGUUGCUGGAACAGUAUCAUCCUCAGCAAUGAUUUACAUUUCUGAUAACGAAAUCGAUUACAAUUACUACAACUACGCGCCAUAUACAAGUCCCGUGAAACCACGAACAAAACCAUACGAAGAAAUGUACGAUUUGGGUGAUGAAUUAGGACGUGGUACUCAAGGUGUAACAUAUCAUGCUGUCGAACGAUUAACUGGUCGUAAUUAUGCUGCUAAAGUUAUGCAUGGUCGUGGAGAUUUGAAACCGUUCAUGUAUAAUGAAUUAGAUAUUAUGAAUUCAUUGAAUCAUCGUAAACUUAUUCGUUUGCAUGAUGCAUUCGAAAGAGAUUCAUUCAUGAUGUUAGUCACUGAGUUGGCCAGUGGCGGUGAACUUGUCAAAGACAAUCUUCUUAAACAAACAUAUUACACAGAAAGUGAAAUUUCUGGAUAUAUUCGUCAAAUCCUUUAUGGAUUGGAUUAUAUGCAUGAUAAGAGUAUUGGACAUUUUGGUUUGAACAUUGGUGAUUUAUUAAUUUCUCAUCCAGGAAGUGAUGAUCUUAAAAUAUGUGAUUUUGGAUUAGCAAGGCGCAUUGCUAUGGGUAGAUUAGCUCCAUUACAUUAUGGAGUACCAGAAUAUGUAAGUCCAGAAACAGCUAAUGGCGAAGGUGUAGGUUUAGCCACCGAUAUGUGGAGUUUAGGUAUUAUUACUUAUAUUUUACUUUCUGGAAUUUCACCAUUCCGUGGUAAAGACGAUCGUGAGACCUUAACUAAAGUUCGAUCAGGAAAUUGGGAAUUCACUGAUGAAUGGUGGAUUAAUAUUAGUAGCGAAGCACAAGAUUUUAUCAGCAAAUUGUUAAUAUUCAGUGCUGAAGGUAGAAUGGAUGUAAAAACUGCUCUCAAACACCCAUGGCUUACUCGAGCUGACAAAGCACCCGCCGAUGAAUAUAAAAUUAGUACAGAGCGUUUACGAAACUACUAUAAUCUAUAUCGUGAAUGGUAUGAUAAUGCAUCGUGUAAAACAUGGUAUCGUCGUAAUAAACUUACUGUUGCUGAUUCGGAUCCAUCACGUAUGGUUUAUCCACCUGGCGAAACUUAUACACCCACAUCAAGAACUCCAGAACGUAUUCCACGCAAACCAGGUUCUUGGGAAACACGUAUUCCAGAACGUCCAGGAUUGGAUUAUGAAAUUGGUGUUAUCAAAUCUGAAAGUCAUUACCAGAAUGGACCCGAUACAUAUCUACUGCAAUUACGUGAUACCGAUUUCCCUGUACGAUUACGUGAAUAUAUGAAAGUAGCAGCUCAAGUUCGUCCUGGCCGUACACUAGGUGACUCUGAUUACGAUUGGAGGACUCCAUCAAUUCAUGAACGUAGACGAUUCACUGAUGUUAUGGAUGAAGAAAUUGAUGAUGAACGAAAAGAACGUAUUAGUAAAUACGGUUCAGCCGAUACAUAUUCUUUACGUCGUUUACGGCAUGAAUUAGGAUAUCGAUUGGAUACGUAUGCUGAAGCUGAAGCAUUAAUUGAAAGCAAACAAAGUGGUUCUCUACCAUUUUUCAGAGAAAAACAACAAAUUGUACCAAUAGUUCAAGGGCAAGAAGCUGAAUUAGUUUGCUUUGCAGUUGGUGACCCAACACCUGUAGUCCAAUUUUUCAAAAAUGAUACCAUAAUUGGAGAAAACAACCGUGUAAAACUUACAACAGAUGAAGAUGGAAGAUCCAUCUUAAAAUUGUGCCCUGCUAUAGAAUUCGAUGUUGGUCUCUAUAAAAUUGUUGCGAGAAACAAGGUUGGGCAAACCAUCACAAGGACUCGUGUAGUCUUGGGUACAACACCAGACUCUCCUGAUUCUCCAACAGCGUCACAAGUAUCAGACACAGAAGUAUUACUAACAUGGCGGCAACCAAAACAUGAUGGAUAUUCUCAAGUAUUAUGUUACAGUUUACAAUAUAAACUUUGUGACGAAGUGGAAUGGAUUCAAUGUGCCGAUAACAUCGACCAUGAAUUCUAUUUAAUCAAAGAUUUACAACCGGAAAAGAAUUAUAUUUAUCGUUUAGCAGCAAGAAAUGUUUUUGGUUGGGGUGAUUUUGGUAUAACUACAGCAGUUGUAAAAACAAAAGCAGCAGGAACACCUAAAAUUCAAAUGAGCCGCGCGAUGACACAUUUACAACAAUUAACUGAUUCAGGACACCAAAUUGUGAUUGAAGAAAAGACAAAAUUGGAUUAUUCUAUAGAAAAGAAUCCAAUCGAAUGGGAUACAAAAACAAAUGUUACAGAUGAAUAUAAUUUCAUUUCUGAAAUAUCUAGAGGACGCUUUUCAGUGGUAGUUAAAGCUGUAAAUAAAUCAAAUGACUCUGUAUGUACUGCAAAAUUAUUAGAAUGCAAAACAGAAACAAUUGAACGAACACAACAAGAAUGGGACGCUUGGCGUAGUUUACGUCAUGAACGAAUUGUAUCUUUAUUGGCUGGAUUCAGAAAACCUGAAAGUCCAAUUGCAGCAUUAAUUGCUGAAAGAUUACAAGGUGCUGACGUUCUUACAUACUUGUCAUUACGUCAUGAAUAUUCAGAACAAACUGUGGCCACAAUUAUUUCCCAAGUUAUUGAUGGGUUACAAUAUUUACAUUGGAGAGGAUUCGCUCAUUUAGAUAUUCAACCGGACAACGUUGUACUUAGUACAGUACGAAGUGUACAAGUUAAAUUGGUUGAUUUUGGAUCAGUACAAAAAGUUGCAAAAUUAGGUACGAAUGUUUCAAAUACAGAUAGCCAUCCGGAAUAUACAUCACCUGAAGUAUUAAGUGAAGAACCCGCAUUCCCACAAUCGGAUAUUUGGUCUGUAGGUGUUUUAACUUAUGUUUUAUUGUCUGGUACAUCACCGUUCCGUGGUAAAGAUGCCGAAGAAACUAGACAAAAUAUUUUAUAUGCUAGAUAUCGUUUUGAACAUCUGUAUAAAGAAUUAUCACAGGAAGCUGUUCGUUUUAUUAUGUUAAUUUUCAAACGAAACCCAAAUAAACGACCAACAGCUGAAGAAUGUCACGAAAAUCGUUGGUUUAUGCCAUCCGACUUUAUGAUAAAGAAACGCGAACGUGCAGUAUUUUUAGGAAAUCGACUUAAAGAAUAUAACGAAGAAUAUCAUAAUCAAAAAUCAGAUGCUGCACAAUCAACAUCUUUAACAAGUAUUAGUGGAGCAAAAGGACCAUUAGGCCGUUCAAACAGUAUACAAGAAGAAAUUUUAACGGCCCCUUAAAGUAUAUAAUAUGAGACUAUAAAUUAAAUUUUAUAUUCACGUUAAUUAUUAUUUAAGAUGUAAAGUUUUAUUCAUGGUUAUCAACAGAUUAAAUUUAAAGUGUUGAAACUGUUAUAAUAGAGAAUUUGCAAAUGAAAAAUUUUUUUUAAUUAAAACAAAAAAACUGAUGUCAAAAAACGAAAAAUUUUUUAAAAUAAUAUUGAUGAAGAUAUGUUUUUUAAAUAAUCGACUAAUUUUAUUUCCCAACAUUAAGA